AUGACCCCACGAACUUCACAGGCAGACUUCUUGGACUCGCUUGCUCGUCACCAUACAGCCCUUCAUCUCAGUGCAGACCGCCAGGACAACCGUGACCGCCAGAAUGACCGUCGUCGCGUGUCUCAGGCUUGCAAACCCUGCAGCGCCUCCAAAGUGAGGUGUGAUGGAGAGCGACCGUGUCAACGAUGCCGACGCCAGGAUAAUGAGUGCUACUACGAGCCCUCUGCGAAGCGCAAGAUGUCAGAGGCCGGCUCAGACAAGGCAAUGGCCAAGCGGCACAGAAACCACAAUACCAGUUCGAAUGCCGCCACCUCGAUUGCCACUCACUCGCCGCUAUCACCGCCCGCGACUGUUCACGAUAAUUCGUAUGAGAUAACGCAGUCGGAAAUGCACGUCUCGCCUGUUCAAGCGCAGUUCGCUGAGCCGCCCAAGGUCGACAAUCUCACCAUUGAAGUCCAGCCUAUCGAUCCGCUUCUCAAAAUGACGACAGAUUCAGCGCCCGAGUAUCCUGUGAAUACCAUGGCUCAACCGGAGAUGCAUUUUGGGGGAAAUGACAUGUUUCUCGACUUUGAUCCGACAAAGAACAUGCCCACGCCCUCGUUGCUCUUUGGGGAUGCUUUUGAACCGACAAGUUGGCUCAACUAUGGAACUGAGCAAGAAUUCACACCAUUCUUCCUUCAGAAUGAGCCUUCCAUAGAUGCCAUCAACGAACUCUGGCUCGAUCAAGCAGGACUCAGGAUGCAGCAGCCAACUGUUCUGGCGAACCCAACCCCUACCUCCAUGAUCGAUCAAUCAGCUGUGGCAGAGCUCUACAGCCGAAGUCACUCGCCUGCCAUUGACAGAGACGGCGUCGAACCGAGACAGUACCAUCCUAUAAAUAUCGAAGUUGACGCCCAACUAGCAUUCCCCGAUCUGUCCCAUCUGACGCCAGAGGAAAUCGACCAGGAGAACCUCGCUCACGUAGACGAGGUACCUGAAGAAGUCAGUAAAAAGGCGGCCCAAGCAGCUCUAGAUAUGCAGAACAGCGCCAGCUAUCCGCGGUUCAGACACAUAGCCAUUCCGCCUGCUCCGGUGCUGAAUGCCUGGGUACAGCUGUACUUUGAGUUCUUCCAUCCGGUGCUCCCGAUUCUGCACAAGUCAACAUUUUCUGCGUCAAAGAGACACUGGUUGCUUAUUUUCACGGUGGCUGCUCUCGGUGCUCAUUUCUCUGGCAUUAAAGGGGCGCAUGAGUGCUCCAGGGCGAUGCACGAAUUCAGCCGUCGACAAUCUGCUAUCAUGUGCGAGAACCAAAACUCCAACGGCAGAGAGCUCUGGAUGGCGCAGACCAUUCUCCUCAACCACAUCGGCAUCAUGUACGGCGGCGAGCGAAGAUCUCUCGAGAUUGCUGAGUUCUUGCAGGCUCUGCCUGUAACUCUUGGAAGACGAAAGAGGUUGUUUACAAACAUGUUUCCCAUGGAAAAGUUUGCGCAGCUGCAGUUGCCGCGGACGCAAAAGUGGCAGAUCUGGCUUCUUGAUGAAGAACGAAGGAGAGCGGGAUUCGCAGUCUGGCUUAUUGACUCGGCCUUUGACGCCCACUUUGACCUCAGUCGUUUGAUGAGACUGUCUGAGCUACAAAUCUCCUUACCGCAGCCGGAUGAUCGUUGGGGUGCCUCAACUGCUCAAAGCUGGGCAAGUUUCCCUUCCAUGCUUGAAAACAAUGGCUCUGGCGGGCUCCCAACCAUGGAGCGAGUUGUCGCCGACGACACCUGGAAAUCUGUCUGGUCAAAGACCAACACCCUCGGCAAACAGGUUAUGCUCCAGCAUCUGUCAGACGUCAUAAAAGACCAGAGCUCAAGCCAGUUUGGUGUACCGGGCUUUUCCUACCAUGACAAGCUAUUAGCAGCAAACGUCCUUAACGAACUCUUGACCUUGACCGAGAACGAGCAGAUUGAGCAGUCCAUAGAUGAGGUCAAGGCUGCGACAACCCACCAGAUCAUGGCCCUGAGCGCUUUGAUGACCCACAAUACGCCCACUGCAAACUUGCUUCCCACUGUUGUGCGGUGCAUCUACGGCAAAGUGGACGAUGCAGAGUGGGCGCAGAUCGGAGAGCGGUGGAAGAGUUCCUCAAGUCAAGGGAGACUGGGAUGCUUCUAUGCAGCGAGGAUCCUCCAUGUCGUACGAUCAAGUCACUGCACACACUUUGGCACACCUGUGAGCCUUCUCAGAGCCGUGCUGGUUCUCUGGCUCUACUCUGCACUCUCCGAGCGCUCUCAGGAAGGGUUCUUGUAUCCGCGGCCGGCGCCGGCUGUGGUACUGGGGCCGAAGCCACUGGAGGGCAUGGACAACAAUAGCUGGAUUGGUAUUGGGUGGAGCCGAGUCAAGCUGCCGGGAAUCGGGAACCUGCUCUGUGCUGAGGGACGGGGCAAGUUAUUGGAUGAUGGGGUUAUGCUGAUGAAGUCGUUGAAGGGAUGGGGUAUUAGUUCUACGUAUUCGCAGAUUCUCUGGAGGCUUCGAGCGAGUGAGGCUUCUGCGUUUGAAAGGACGAGGUAG